GGGCAGCCCUCGGCGGCGCCCCCGCAGGCUCCGCGCCCCCGGACCGCGGCUCGGCGGCGCGUGGAUGCGCGCUCCCGCCUGCAGCGAACUCACCACGUGAAAACUGUUGUGAAUCAAAAUGGUCACUACCUAGAAGUUACAAGAAGUUACACAGCUACAAAAAUAAACAUGCCCUGUUUGGAGAUGACAACCAAAAGAAAAAUUAUUGGCCGUUUGGUGCCAUGCCGGUGUUUUCGCGGUGAAGAGGAGAUUGUCUCAGUGUUGGAUUACUCUCACUGUGGCCUACAGCAGGUGCCAAAGGAGGUUUUUAACUUUGAACGGACGUUAGAGGAGCUUUAUCUAGAUGCCAAUCAAAUUGAAGAGCUACCCAAGCAACUGUUCAACUGUCAAGCUUUACGCAAACUGAGUAUACCUGACAAUGACCUUUCCAGUCUGCCAACCACUAUUGCUAGCUUAGUUAAUCUCAGAGAACUUGAUAUCAGUAAAAAUGGAAUUCAAGACUUUCCAGAAAAUAUUAAAUGUUGUAAGUGUUUAACAAUUAUUGAAGCCAGUGUCAAUCCAGUAUCUAAGCUGCCAGAUGGCUUUACACAACUUCUAAAUUUGACCCAGCUCUAUCUAAAUGAUGCCUUUUUGGAGUUUCUUCCUGCUAACUUUGGAAGACUUGUCAAAUUGAGAAUUUUGGAGUUAAGGGAGAAUCACUUGAAAACUCUACCAAAGUCAAUGCAUAAACUGACUCAACUGGAGAGACUUGAUCUGGGCAAUAAUGAAUUCUCUGAGCUGCCUGAGGUUCUCGAACAAAUACAAAAUCUAAAGGAAUUGUGGAUGGACAAUAAUUCUUUGCAAAUACUACCUGGGUCUAUAGGGAAGUUAAAACAGCUCGUGUACCUGGAUAUGUCAAAAAACAGGAUAGAAACUGUUGAUUUGGACAUAUCAGGAUGUGAAGGACUUGAAGAUCUCCUGUUGUCAUCAAAUAUGUUGCAGCAACUGCCAGACUCCAUAGGACUGUUGAAAAGGCUGACAACUUUAAAAGUAGAUGACAAUCAGCUUACGAUUCUGCCAAAUGCAAUCGGAAAUUUAUCUUUAUUAGAAGAAUUUGACUGCAGCUGUAAUGAGUUGGAGUCCUUACCUUCAACCAUCGGUUACCUUCACAACCUGAGGACGUUGGCUGUGGAUGAGAAUUUCCUUCCUGAACUGCCCAGAGAAAUUGGAAGCUGUAAAAACGUAACAGUGAUGUCUCUGCGCUCUAACAAGCUGGAAUUUCUUCCUGAUGAAAUAGGUCAGAUGCAGAAGCUGAGAGUGUUAAAUCUGAGUGAUAACAGACUGAAGAACUUACCAUUCACUUUUACUAAACUUAAAGAACUUGCAGCUUUGUGGCUUUCUGACAACCAGUCCAAGGCUCUCAUUCCACUGCAAACGGAGGCUCACCCAGAAACAAAGCAGAGAGUGCUGACUAACUACAUGUUUCCCCAGCAACCCCGCAGUGAUGAAGAUUUCCAGUCAGACAGUGAUAGUUUUAAUCCUACUUUAUGGGAGGAGCAGAGACAGCAACGUAUGACUGUUGCCUUUGAAUUUGAAGACAAAAAGGAAGAGGAGGAAAAUGCAGGGAAAGUUAAGGUUGAAAUAAAUCUAAAACGUUAUCCCACUCCAUACCCGGAGGAUUUAAAGAAUAUGGUAAAAUCAGUUCAAAAUCUGGUGGGCAAAACAAGCCAUGGAGUACGGCCUGAGAACACAGCACCAACUGCGAACAGUGAACAAACUGUGAAAGAAAAGUAUGAGCACAAGUGGCCCAUGGCACCAAAGGAGAUUUCAGUGGAGGAUGCCUUUGGACAUCCUGCCAGUGAGAUGAGGAUAGGUGAACUUCGUCCUUCCAUACCAGAGACUCCGUUGUACCCACCCAAGCUUGUUCUUCUGGGUAAAGAGAAGAAAGAGUCGACAGAUGAGUCUGAAGCAGAUAAGAUCCAUUGUCUGAAUAACAGCGUUUCCUCAGGCACUUACUCAGACUAUUCCCCUUCCCAGGCUUCCUCAGGGUCCUCCAAUGCGCAUGUUAAAAUGGGGUCCUUGCAGACAACAGCUAAAGACGCAGUGAAUAACUCUUUGUGGGGAAACAGCAGGCUGGCGCAGUCAUUUCCACAGCCCCUUGAAACAAAGCCAUUACUGAGCCAGCGGGAAUCUGCUCCGGCAGGAAACCUGCCACAGCGCAACGACAGGCGUCCCCUGAGCGACACCUUCACCGACAGCUGGAAUGAUAGCUCGCACUACGAUAACACUGGCUUCGUUGCAGAGGAGAGCACGGUGGAGAACCCUAGCGCUAACCCUCUCCUAAGCACGAAAUCUAGAAGCACAUCUGCGCAUGGGCGCAGGCCGUUAAUUAGACAAGACAGGAUAGUUGGCAUUCCUCUGGAGCUGGAGCAGCCGACGCUCAGAAACACACACGAAUCUGAAGUGCCUCCUCCCAAUCCUUGGCAAAAUUGGACCAGAACCCCUAGUCCUUUUGAAGACAGGACAGCUUUUCCUUCCAAACUGGAAAACACCCCCACCACCAGCCCUUUGCCUGAGCGGAAAGAUCAUAUCAAAGAGUCUCCUGAAUUAUCUAGCACUUUCACUCCAGGAAUAGCAUGGGAAUAUCACGAUUCAAAUGCUAACAGAAGUCUCACAAAUGUCUUUUCACAUAUACACUGUCGCCCAGACCCUUCUAAAAGUGUUAUUUCGAUCAGCAAGAGCACAGAAAGGCUGUCUCCAAUGAUGAGGGAUUUAAAAACUAACAAAUUUAAGAAGUCACAGAGUAUCGAUGAGAUAGACAUUGGAACAUACAAAGUUUAUAAUAUACCUUUAGAAAACUAUGCAUCUGGUAAUGAUACUGUAGGAGCCCACGAGAGGGUGGACAAGCUCCUGGGCCCGGAGCAUGGCAUGCUGAGCAUGUCCCGCAGCCAGUCGGUCCCCAUGCUGGAUGACGAGCUGCUGACCUACGGCAGCGUCAAGGUGCAGCCACAGCAGAAGUCGUCCGUGACAAAGAAGGUCUACCAGUUUGACCAAAGCUUCAACCCGCAGGGAGCAGUGGAGGUCACAGCCGAAAAGAGGUUACCACCACCUUUCCAGCUCAACCCUGAGUACAUUCCCCAGCAGAGUAAAAACCUGCCCCAGGAGCUGGUCAGCCCGAGGGCCUACCGCGGCUACCCCCCUGUGGAGCACAUGUUCUCCUUCUCCCAGCCAUCGGUCAACGAGGAGGCCGUCAGUGCCCCCUUCGUGAGCCAGGGCUCUCGGCCAGGCUUCUUGAGGAGAGCAGAUUCGUUGGCCAGUUCCACUGAGAUGUCUAUGUUCAGGAGGGUCAGUGAGCCCCAUGAGCUGCCCCCAGGCGAUAGGUAUGGCAGGCCUCCGUACCGAGGAGCUGUGGAGCGCCAAAGCAGCAUCUCGGUCUCCGAGUCUCAGUUCCUCAAGAGGAAUGGCAGGUACGAAGACGAGCAUCCUUCCUACCAAGAAGUGAAAGCCCAGACUGGCAGCUUUCCAGUUAAAAACCUUACACAAAGGAGGCCGUUGUCUGCAAGAAGCUACAGUACAGAGAGUUAUGGUACCUCUCAAACCAGGCCAGUUUCAGCGAGGCCUACAAUGGCAGCUCUGCUGGAAAAGAUACCAUCAGACUAUAACUUGGGUAACUAUGGCGACAAGCCUUCCGAUAACAGUGAUAUAAAGACAAGGCCUACCCCUGUGAAGGGAAAUGAGAGCUGUGCUAAAAUGCCUGCUGACUGGAGACAACAGCUACUUAGACAUAUAGAAGCUAGAAGGUUAGACAGGACCCCGUCGCAGCAGAGCAGCAUCCUGGACAACGGGCAGGAUGAGGUGCCUGUGAGUGGCCAGUGGAACCCCUACCCGCUGGGGCGGCGGGACGUGCCCCCCGACACCGUCACCAAGAAGGCAGGUAGCCAUAUCCAGACCUUAAUGGGAUCACAAAGCCUGCAGCACCGGAGCCGCGAGCAGCAGUACGAAGGAAACAUGAACAAGGUGACCAUCCAGCAGUUUCAGCCACCACUGCCUAUCCAGAUCCCCUCCUCGCAGAGCUCUCGAGCACCUCAGACGGGGCGGUGUCUCAUCCAGACCAAGGGGCAGAGAAGUACGGACGCCUAUCAGGAGCAGUUUUGUGUGAGAAUAGAGAAGAAUCCUGGCCUUGGUUUUAGUAUCAGUGGUGGAAUAAGUGGACAAGGCAAUCCAUUCAAACCUUCUGAUAAGGGUAUCUUUGUUACUAGGGUUCAGCCUGACGGACCAGCAUCCAGCCUGCUCCAGCCUGGCGACAAGAUCCUCCAGGCAAAUGGACACAGUUUUGUACAUAUGGAACAUGAGAAAGCUGUAUUACUACUGAAGAGUUUCCAGAAUACAGUAGACCUAGUUAUUCAACGUGAGCUUACUGUCUAAAUAUUUUUUUAUAAAUAGUAAAUAUGCCUAGCCAGAUCUAAUGUUCAAACAGAUUUAUACAUAGGAAACAAAUUUUUGCCAAUUGCUGGACCAAUGGCAAACAGUAGUGCCAAAUGUAUAAUACUCUAUGUUAGUACCGAUCAUCUUGAAAAAAAUAUAUUAACUAUAUAAAUAUAUUGUUCAUGUGGCUAUGUAUUAGUUUUAAUUGUCAGCCUCUGGCUGUGCAUUGGUGCGUUUUUUUAAUCAAGUUACUUCUUAAAGUCAAUUUCAUAUGAUUUCAAAACACAGAAGCACAUACAAAUUCUUUAGGAAUUCUGCUGUCCAUCAGAAACACUGCCUCAAAGUUGUAUAUGCCUUUAUAAAGAUAAAAUAUAUUAACCUGUACUUCCCAUGAAAUAUUUCUAUCAUGUCACGUACAAAAAUAUAGAGAAAAAAUAUUUUCAUAAACACCUCAAAG